GUGUCGCACAAACUUGAGAGAAAACCACAAUACUACAGACCUGACAAGCGGUUGAGAAUACUCUUAAAUUCGUCGCUUUCCCCACCAUUGGAAAGCCAUCUCUAUGUGGAUUUUCUGUGUAUAUCCUGUACGUCUACAGCAUGGAGGAUAUGGAAGAAGACAGCUUUGACCUACUUGAUGACCACAACCAUAACUACUGUGAGAACGGAACCCACUUGUAUCUCAGGACCAAAAUGUCAGAUGCUCCCCAGCCACAACCUGUCUCACCGGUGCCUCUCAUGCUAAGGGACCAUGAAAAGGUCUGUUCCAGCAGCACCAGUAAUUCAAAGUUAAUGGACUUAGAUUCGAGCAGCGAGAGCAGCAGUGAGAUCAGCGACAUUGAUAGCCACGCUUCGUCAGCUCUUGCCGGAGCACUGACUCUGAACUCAGCCUCAAAGUUUCUAAUGAAUGCUAUGACGGAGGAGGAUUAUAGGAGCACAUACUGGCCAAACCUGGAGAAAGCCAUUGACCACCUACUCAUCCAAAACCCCUCGGACCACAUCUCUAUUUCAUAUGAGCAAAUAUACAGUUAUGUGUACAAGUGUGUGUGUCAGCAACACUCAGAGUUGCUGUACAAAGACUUGAUGUCGAAGAUUACUAUCCACCUCCAGCAAGUAUCUUCAGACUUACAGAUUUGUCCAACAGAGAAUUUUAUUGAAAGUUUCAACCUUGCUCUAACUCAAUACACAGCUGCUCUUCAAUGCAUAGUUCCUGUAUUCAUAUACAUGAAUAAGUUCUACAUUGAAACAAAGCUAAAUAGAGACUUGAAAGAAGAUCUUAUGAAGCUGUUCACUGAUCAUGUUGCAGAAAAACAUGUGAACACAUUGAUUCCUCUUCUGAUCAAAGCCCAUUCCAUGCCCUUUCAAGUCAGACCAUCAACUAUGGCUAGUGUGGUUAAAGGCUUGUAUUGUCUCAAACCAGAGUGGGCUCAGUCAGCUCCUGCCCUGUUCUCUGGAUUCAUCCCUCAGAUCAACCCUCCAGCAGUGGAGUCUCAACUCUCUGACUAUGCAGCUCAUGACCAGCAAUUGCAGAUGGAGCUCUCUCUUAAGGGCUUUUCCAGAGGUGACCAGUCUCGCAAGAGGACCAGUGAGGAUUCGCCGUAGAGUAAGGCUAAGGCGUACUCAUCUCGUCAUACACAGAAAAACAAUAUCCAGUCCCUUUGCUGCUUCUUUUACUUACACAUUUAAAUUCAUUGGCUGAAUGAUGAGUAAAAUAGCAAUGUAUUGUUUUACUAUGGCUCUGUCAUCACAUGGGGUGGCCUGGCUCAACCCAAACAUGAAACACUGUGACUAGGGAAUUCAUUAGCUGAUUGGAUGAGCUAUUUGGGUGAGCCCAAGGUCUGUUGAGCCAUAGUUGUGGCGGUGGACAGUUCUUUUUGCCUCCUCUAAAAAGCACAGUGAUUUCACAACGGUGCUUUUAUCCGUUUGUUGAUAGAUACAUGCACCACGAUCAUUAGUGAGGUGCUACUUGAGAUGGGUCUGUGUAUGUGCCUUCAGCUCUCCUCUGUUGGGUUUUUUGAGUGGCCUGGGUGACAACAUGAACAUGGAUGAGAACUAUCCUGACAUGUAAUUCCUGAUUUCUAACCAGGACUCCUGAUGUCUAGUUGUGAUGUCCUCAAUACUUUUCAUUGCUGCUAAAUAGUUUCUCACAUCUUAUUGUACAGAUCUGGAUUUCACUUUCUGAGUAAGGAGACAUAAACAUUGAUUGAAAUUCUGUUGUAUUGAUCAUUCUAUUGAUUUGCAAGAUGUUGCCAUGAAGGCAUCUUACUUGUGCUAGCUAAGUCUUAAUUGCCAGAAAUCUAACAUUCCCAGAUAACUGGUUAUUAUUUACCUGACUGUUCCAAUCUGAUUUUAAUAAAUGCUGGUCCAGUGCUAAAGAUAGUGAAUGCAUAGAGUUUUAGGUAUCUCCCUGUGCUGGCUUAAAUGAUGGCCAUAACUCAUGUGUUUUUGCUUGAAUCUGAAACAUUGUGGGAGAAAAAUGGUUGAAUGUGGAUAUUCCAAAAUUGGCACUAUCUAAUCCUGCCCAAUCCUAUACUAAAUUGUAUAAGCCUGUUUGUUCUCUUGAUCUGAAAAUGCUGUGUAAAUAGUUUCUGUACUAUUUCAUUAAACUAGGUUGUACAUUCAAAGCAUGCCAAAGAUUAUUCACAGUGCUUUUGUUUACUUAAUGCAUUGGGAUGAAUGGUAAUAUAUUUUUUAAUAUCAAAUUCCCUUUGUUGCUGCUCUAUCUAUUGUAGUCACUGAGCCAAUUAAUGAUCCAUAUCGAUUAACAUUUUUGGUACAUCCUGAGUUUGCGCAAAACUGUGUAAGCUUGUACAGUUGGUUGAUGUAAAUGGUUCUUGUCAUAGCAGUAUAAUCAUACAGUAGGCUAGCUACUGUAACUGAACAAUCAUUGUUACAUGUUUAACUUGAAUGAAAAUGUUUGAUACAGCUUUUUGCACUGUUUUAAAUGUAAUCUGAUGCUCAGACUUGAUUGUCGUUAUUGAUUGCCUCUGGCAAUUUAUUGAUGGCUUACUGCAUUGUCUUAUUUAUGUACAUAUUGACUCAUUUCAAUAAACAAUCUUGGAAAUCC